GUCCCUUCUCAUCUUACUCUCCUCCCCUUCUCCUCUUCGCAUCGUCUGAAGGGGCAACCCAACCUAUCUCAUCAACUCCAACAACGAUCUCGACGUCGAGACGAUCCACCAUGCCGGCCGCCAGCUCUGCCAGCUCCACCGCAAACGGUCGCUCCAGCCGAUCUGGACCUUCCAAAAGGAUUGUUGUCCUCAAGCUGUCUACCGAUCUGCUGAGCCAGUUCGUGACACCACCGCCCGAGGGAAAGGACAAGAAGAGCAAACGGGGUAGCGUCAGCAACACCGACUCGCCCGUCAAAAUUCAGGAGCCUUCGUCCCCGGCUUCCUCGUCCGCCGAACUACCUCUCCCUCCUUCGUCCGUGGACAAUGCCUCCGAUGCUGCGUCCACCCCCGCCGCAGGCACCUCGGCUGCAGACACACCUCGUCGCAAGGGCGUUCCGGGCCCUAAGCCGGGCACCAAACGAGGCCUCAACCAGACGGGCGAGACCACCCCGAAGCCGAGAGGCAAGCCAGGUCCCAAGAAGAAGCCCCGACUUGAUGACGGCACUGUCGACACUGCCAAGUUAGUGGCCGCUCACAAGCUCGGUCCCAAGGCCAACUUGGGUGCCAUCAAUGCUGGUCUACGCGCUCUAGAUCGCACCGGGGCCCCAUGCCGUCGCUGGGAGCGUAAGCCUCUUCAGCUCAAGAGCUUCACUGGUAUUCAAUGGAUGCUGCCUUCUUGGCGUACUCCCCGUCCGUUGAAGUCCGAGGAGAACGACGAGUCUCAGGGCAUGGCUCUUGAGACUGGCGACAGCGACAGCAAGGCCAACCAGAGUGCCAGUGGCGUCCCCAGCGAGAAGAGCACUGGUGAUGGUGAACUUACUCCCGCUCCGCCCAACCUGACGGAAGCGUCUUCUCCUGCCAUCGCCAUGACUGCUUGAAGAAUCAUGCAAUCGCUGUUGCUUCCUCCACCAACGACAUAUUGUCCUUCCUGUACAUUACUUUUUGACACACUACUACCUUUAUUCCUUCGAUG